AUGGAGAUCAACCCCGCGGACGAGAUCGACAAGUGCGAGGCCGGCGGCGGCGCGGAGACGCAGCCUGCAGAUCCGGAGCCCGAGGCCGCGUCGUCCGCCGCCGCUGCGCUGGAUCAGCAGCAGCAGCCGUGGCGCGAGCAGCUGACGGCGCGGGGCUUGGUGGCCGCGGCGCUCAUCGGGUCCAUGUACACCGUCGUCGUCAUGAAGCUGAACCUCACGACGGGGUUCGUGCCCACGAUGAACGUGUCCGCCGCGCUGCUCGCGUUCCUGGCGCUCCGCGGCUGGACGGGCGCGCUGGCCCGCCUCGGCGUCGCCGGCGCCAGGCCCUUCACGCGCCAGGAGAACACCGUCGUCCAGACCUGCGCCGUCGCGUGCUACUCGCUGGCGCUCUGCGGGUUCGGGUCGUUCAUGCUGGGCCUGAACAAGAGGACGUACGAGGCGGCCGGGGUGAACACGCCGGGAAAUGUGCCGGGGAGCGUCAAGGAGCCAGGAUUCCGGUGGAUAACCGGUUUCCUCGUCGCCAGUAGCUUUGGCGGCCUCCUCACCUUGAUUCCCCUCAGAAAGGCUUUGGUCAUCGACUACAAGCUGACAUACCCAAGCGGGACGGCAACAGCUGUUCUUAUAAACGGGUUCCACACCCCUCAAGGAGACAAGAAUGCAGAGAAGCAAGUACGUGCAUUUCUGAAAUACUUCGGGAUCAGCUUCUUCUGGAGCUUCUUCCAGUGGUUCUACACCGGUGGCAACGCCUGCGGAUUCGCUCAGUUCCCUACGUUUGGCCUCAAGGCCUGGAAACAAUCGUUCUUCUUCGAUUUCAGCAUGACGUACGUCGGUGCCGGGAUGAUCUGCCCGCACCAUGUCAACCUCUCCACCCUCCUCGGCGCGGUCCUCUCCUGGGGAAUACUGUGGCCACUCAUCCGCAAACGCAAGGGCGAUUGGUACUCCGCAGAUGUACCGGAGAGCAGCAUGACCAGCUUGUAUGGUUACAAGUCCUUCGUGUGCAUAGCUCUGAUCAUGGGUGAUGGCAUCUACCACUUCGUCAAGGUCCUCGGCGUCACCGCCAAGAGCCUGCAUGAACGAUCAAAACUCAGACGUAGCAACAACCGAGUGGCCGACGAGGACAACGCGGCAGCGAUCGACGACCUGCGGCGCGACGAGGUCUUCAACCGAGACUCCAUCCCGGCGUGGCUCGCGUACGCCGGGUACGCCGUCAUGAGCGCCGUCGCGGUGGUCGCCAUCCCGAUGAUGUUCCGCCAGGUGCGGUGGUACUACGUGGUGGCCGCGUACGUGCUGGCGCCCGUGCUGGGCUUCUCCAACUCCUACGGCGCCGGGCUCACGGACAUCAACAUGGGCUACAGCUACGGCCAGCUCGCGCUCUUCGUCCUCGCGGCGUGGGCCGGGCGCGACGACGGCGUCGUGGCCGGCCUCGUCGGCUGCGGGCUGGUCAAGCAGCUGGUGCUCAUCUCCGCCGACCUCAUGCACGACUUCAAGACGGCGCACCUGACCCUGACGUCGCCGCUGUCCAUGCUCGCCGCGCAGGCCGUCGGCGCCGCCAUGGGCUGCGUCGUCACGCCGCUCACGUUCCUCCUCUUCUACAGGGCGUUCGACGUCGGCAACCCCAACGGGUACUGGAAGGCGCCGUUCGCGAUCAUCUACCGCAACAUGGCGCUCCUGGGAGCGCAGGGCUUCUCGGCGCUGCCCAAGCACUGCCUGCCGCUGUCCGCGGGGUUCUUCGCGUUCGCCGUGAUCGCCAACGUGAUCAAGGACGUCCUGCCGCCGCGGUACGCGAGGUACGUGCCUCUGCCGACGGCGAUGGCCGUGCCGUUCCUCGUCGGCGCCAGCUUCGCCAUCGACAUGGUGGUGGGGACCGUGGUGGUCUUUGCCUGGCAACGGGUUAACGGCAAUGAGAGCACGUUGCUGGUGCCGGCGGUGGCGUCAGGCCUCAUCUGCGGUGAUGGCAUAUGGACUUUCCCGUCGUCGUUGCUUUCUCUGGCCAAGAUCAAGCCACCCAUCUGCCUGAAAUUCACACCUGGAAGCUAG